UGGAGAUCUCACGGAAGAAUGCACACGCAGCAAAAGUUACACUGAUGUUUCACUUCACGGGCCGAGGUUACGCACGUGCAUGUGGAUGCCGCGAACAUACACCGCGACGUCGAACCACAAACGGACAUCCCAGCCUUAGACCUGGCCAACAUAUUUGUCGUCAGCAGCAGUGUCAGUCUUCAGUCGCCCCCGGAGCCGACGUUGGGCAACGAUGUUGGGCAACGUGAAAAUGUUUUUAUGGCGCACGCUGUACCUCCAAGGCAUACGUCGCCACUACUUUGCCACAGCGAUAGAGAUUUUACUAGUGGGUUUGAUUUUUAUAUUGCUGAUGAUUGACCAUAAACCGGCUAAGCCACUAAGCAGGGAUUCAGAGGAGGUGGACGCCAGUUCUGCUUUCGUGCCCAGUAUAGUGACGGAUAUUGUGUAUGCGCCGAAGAAUGACUACAACGAAAGGCUGAUGCUUGCCGUGGCCGGCGAGAUCUACAGCCGCCUUGGAAGGAAGGUAUUGCACGAUCUCUUCGGUGGCUCCCACGGCAGCUUCGGAAAUCUUUCGUUUGACAAGAAGGAACGUGGCGCUCCCAAUGUCGGCUCUUUUGCCAGGAACGACGUGCCCAAGAAAGCUGGAUACGUAAAACUGCACCCGAAGAACAGCGCAGACGCCGUAAUUAAUGAAUGCAAGAAGCUUAUGAACGACACCUAUUUGUUAUUCAUGCCGUUCAUACCGUUGUGCGUGACUCUGUUCGGCCCGGAAAAUCAAUCGGCUAGUCUCGCUAUGACACUGUAUGCUCCCGUCCGUUUCGUCACUGCACAUAUGGUGGACUUCGGACUCGGCUCAUUCCAGAAGGCUGAACAGUCCUUUAAUUACACCGUGAUUUACCAGCAGAUAAUAGAAGAGCAAUAUCUAAAGCUGCAAAGUGAACACUACCGAGAGAAGCCGGUGGAUCACCAGGUUAGCAUUGACGUCAUGCCUGGCUGGGUGUUUAAAGGGUUUGAAGAUCCAUACCAGCUGGGCCUCUUUGCGGUGAUUUAUUUUGCAUUCCUGCUACCUGUGGUCCGACGGAUAAGUGCAAUACAGCAUGAGUUUACAACUGGCAUUGCGGAGCACCAGUGCGUAAUGGGGUUAACUGGUGCCGAGCUCUUUUUGGGCCACUUCCUCACGAAUUUCAUUAUUGGCCUCGUCGAGAGUUUCUUGGCCAUCUCAAUUAUGUUUGUGUUAACAAACAAUGGACAUGCGUACGCUGAAGGAAUGAACCUGGGCCUGGUAAUCACAGCGUUCGUCAUGUCUCAGAUUCAGUACAGCAUGUUUAUCAUACUGAUCACAUGGGUGUUCCCGAAAGGUUGGUUGGCGUUAAUCGUCGCCAUGCUGAUAUUACUUGUAUGUCCUUGGCAGUUGCCAGAAGUAGCGAUGUAUGUGCCAUUACCCAAGUAUUUCUCGUACUCAAAGAAGUACAAGCUACUCGCAUCUGUUCUGCCGAACUCGGCUCUUUACUCUUUAAUGAGGAUUAUCUGCAUCGCCCGGGACUAUGAAGGGAGUGCAUCGUCGUCGCUCAUGACCAGGUCAGUGCUCGGCAGAGACAGCAUCACGAUUGUGGAACACUUGGCGGUCAUGGGUAUCUGCGACAUUCUCAUGGCAUUCUUGGCAUGGUACCUCUCGAAAGUGCUUCCGUGGAGCACCGAUAAUCGACAAAGUCCAGUAUUCUGCCUUCUGCCCAGCUAUUGGGGAGGCGAAAACGCAAUAGACGCAGCCGAAAAAGCGACGGUCAUGCAGGACACCAACCGAUUUGAGGAACUACCGCCAGGCAACAAGGCUGUCAUCUCCAUUGACAAUUUGACCAAGGUUUAUGACAACAAGCCAGCAUUGAAUGGCGUUAGUUUGACAGUGUACGAGUCCAGAAUCACAGUGCUUCUGGGCCACAAUGGAGCUGGGAAGACGACUAUGAUGAGAAUCCUGACAGGAAUGCAGGCGCCAACAAGUGGUGCAGCCACAGUGUGCGGCUACAACGUUUCCAGCCAGCGUGAGCAGGUGCGCCAGCGGGUCAGCUUUUGUCAGCAGACGGACAUCUUUUUCGAGGACAUGACUUGCGCCGAAAACCUUCUCUACUUUGGAUCGCUAAAGAGAGGACGCCAUCGCAGGAUCAAGGAAGUGAUCCAGGAGACGCUGCAUCUGGUCGGACUGAAAGAUAAGGCUUUCAGCAUGCCCAGUCAGCUCAGUGGUGGCAUGAAGAGGAGGCUGAGCAUAGCGAUGACGCUUGUUUCUGAUCCAGAGCUACUGAUUCUCGACGAGCCAACCGCGGGAAUGGAUCCGGAGACGAGACGGGUCGUGUGGGAUACAUUGCAAAACGUAAGCAAGACGAAAACCCUUCUGCUGUCUUCACACGACAUGGAGGAAGCUGACGCCAUCGCGGACCAAAUAAUCAUGAUGGCUUCCGGAGUGGCCGUUUGCAGUGGAUCGACAGCCUUUCUUAAAAGAGCAUGUGGAAAAGACAUCGACGGUGUUUGCAAACCAAUUACAAAACGGAGCACGAUGGCCAGAUCGUUCGGUGCCCUCUUCAGAAAGCGGCUUUCAAGCCUCUUGCGGAGCUGGGGUGUCCUCAUAGCAUAUUUCGUGGUGCCACUCUCACUGCUGCUGUUUCUUACGUGGACUUCGUCUACACCGACACUGAGCCAUCAGUUGGGGCUCAACAAAGAGGGGACGAUCGACAUCCCAGUAAACCUGGGCGCCCAUUUCCCGGGAUCCACCGCGUUGGUUGGCGAGUCACCGGCCACCGACGUAAGUCAAAACCUGCGCCGUCUUGUGGAUUCCCAAGGUGGCCGCGUCAUCUCCACAGAAGACGUGGAGAGAGAACUGCACGAAGUCAUCGAGAAAGACUUCGCAAGCUACAUCAGAAAUUAUGCCAUGAUCGUAGAAUUCAAACUGAAUGCCACACGAAUAAUGGCCAACCCUACGAGCGCCGUUGCACUUCCCAUCGCCGUCAACCUGGUGGACACGGCUCGGCUGCGAGCUCUGACGGCGCAACCGACGGCGCUGAUCAACGUCACCAUCGCUUACCUCAAAAGGGGCAGUGAUGACGCGCUUUUUGACGUUGUGGUCUCAUACCUCAGCGUUUGGUUAGAAUGGACGCUGCACCUCGGCCUGACCUACUCGUUGGCCUUCGCCGCGUACUCUUCGUUUCCUGUGGCCGAGCGGUUGAGCGGAGCCCGAGACGUGCAGCUCAUGACGGGAAUCUCGGGGGCCGAGUUCAUCUUCGCCCACUUUGUCUUCGACUUCCUUCACCACGCCCUGUUCAGCUUCGUGUGGUGCACCAUCCACUACAGUUUCAACCACUACCCGUUGAGCACGGCCGGGUUCCUUCUGCUGGCUUUCGUGUCCUCUGGGCCUCUAGUCAUUGGCCUUGGCUACCUGAUGGCGGAAACUUCAGUGACGGCAGGCUCGGCAGCGGGUCGAAUUUUUGUUAUUUUCUUCGUUGGAGGUCCAGUGACAAUCAUGUUGAAGAUGAUUAUUCGCAUCUGGACUUCAUCAGAGGCUGUGGGCUAUGUGGCGAUUCUCUUUGGUCCUUAUGCGUUGCUGUCGAUGCUCGUGAAAGUGCGGAACAACGCGAACAAGAGCGCGCAGUGCAAGGCGUUGCGGCAAGCCGGACCCCAUUCCAUGGACGAAGCUUCAUUGUUCGUAAACUGCGAUGCCCGUCUGCUGGAGUUUACCAAAGAUGGAAUAGGCUUGGAGCUGGUGACCGUGCUAGUCGAAGGCCUGCUAUUCCUGGCGAUUGCGACGUUCCUGACGUCCGGCUACCGGCAUUCGGGAGACUCCUUCACACCCAGAGAAUUACUUGCCGAGGAAGACGUCGAGGAGGAGAAGAAGCGGGUCCACGCCGCUCGCCAGCAGGAAGGGUUCGCAGGCCACUCGCUCCUCGCGUGGAGUUUGCACAAGCGGUACGGCAAUUUCCACGCCGUCCGGGGCAUGUACAUGGCGCUGCGGCCCUCUGAGUGCUUCGGCCUGCUCGGCGUAAACGGCGCCGGCAAGACCACCACGUUUCAGAUGCUGGCCGCGCUGAUCAGUGCCUCGUACGGCGACGCUUGCACCGCCGUUGCCAAGCUCAGCGGAAACGCUCGUAAGUGGCAAUCGCAGAUAAGCUACUGUUUCCAGCUGGGAGGUCUACUGGACGGGCUGAAUGCGUACGAGUACUUGUACCUGAUUGGUCGGCUGCGAGGCAUCCCUGAGUGCGAGUUGAAGCCCAUGGUGGACAGCAUCAUAUCGGUCGUUGACCUCGACGAGAACGCAUCGAAGGAGUGCGGCGUGUACAGCGGAGGCAACCGCCGAAAGUUGUCCAUCGGUGCCGCUCUGCUGGGCCUGCAGCCUUUUGUGUUUCUGGACGAGCCGUACGCGGGCGUGGACGUCGUGUCACGGAACAAGAUCUUCCGAGCCGUAGCAGAGAUCAAGAAACGCUCGACGACGACCUUCGUGCUUACGUCACACAACAUGGACGAAUGCGAGUUUUCAUGCGAUCGGCUCACCAUCAUGGCCUACGGCCAAAUGAUGUGUCUGGGCACGCUGCAGCGACUGCGCGAGAAGUUCGGCCAAGGCUACCGACUCGAGUUCCUCCUCAAGCACACGGCGGAGUCAGACGCGCCCAGGCUCAAGCAAGCUGUCGCAAAACUCUUCCCUAAUGCUCUACUCAAGGACGACAACAGGAACCUUCUUGGCUACCACCUGAUGGAGAGAAUUCUUGGAGCGAGCUCUUCACCAAGGUGGGGCAGCUGCAGGAAACAUUCCUCCUUGAACACGUCCUGGUCGGGGAGAACACCCUCGAAGACAUCUUCUUGAACUUCGCCCGAGCACAAGGACGUAACUACUAUCCCGGCGUGUUCAUUUAGCUCAACGUUGGUACGACAGCGCCCGGCAGCGCCGUAUCUUCCAGCGUUUAGACACAACUACAGCUGCUGCAAAAUGCCUCGGCAUGAAAGCAAUAAAGGCCUU